UGCUUCCUCCACCUUGACGCUCAGGUACGCGGAUUUGGUCGAAAACUUUAGUGAACCUGGAGUUUUAAUAGCGGACUUGAUAUAUGGGACGCUCGAAAAUGUAUUAAAAACAGAAAUGUUUAAUGUAAGGCGGAGAAGACAACAUUAAUUCGGGAGUCAGUUGGUGGACGCACCGUGUGUACUACCUUGGAGCCAGUCAGUCAUGUCUGCCGGCAGCACUGGCAGCCUGAGACACAGCUCGGGGCCUGGGAGCUACAGGCAUGGACUGAGCCGGAGCAGCAGCCAGAGGUCGUCGUAUGAGGAGCGCUGUGUGGACCCAGUGGAGUACAGGCUACCAGAGCCAAAGACCGUCCACAAAGCCCAGCUGAAAGAUGCAAACGGGAAGGAAUCGGAGACCAUUGGCUUCAUUCCUGGUUCAGCCGACCCUCCCUCUGCAGCACAAACCUGCAACCCCUGCACUUCUCCAAGGAGCUGUAGGACCUUUAUGUGCAGCGUGCUGACCUGCGGCCUGUACCGGGUCUGCCGGCGUUCCAUUCUUGCUCCAUGCCUGGCGCCAAACGAGAGCUCCCCAGAUAAACCUGAGGAGGUGAGCCUCCACAGUGUGAAACCAGGAGACAACAAAGAGGAGGAUAGCACAGACUGGCUAGGGGAUGUCCGCAUCGCUGGAGUCAGAGUGGACAGUCCAAGGGAGUACUUAGAUGUCGAAACUAACUGCACACCAUAUGUUCCUCCAGCUGGUGGUCAAACACUGCCCAGCAAUCACUCCCUGCAUGAGUCUAUGAGGUUUUAUGACUGGGAGGACGGCGAGGAGGAUGUGGACUCUCUGAUUACUAAGAAGCUGAUGGAGCUCUACUCCGAAUAUCAGAUCGAAGAGUUGGCCAGGUGCACCUCUGACUCUGUGUUUCUGAAGAAGAGCAAGGCCAUCAAUCAGCUCAUCAAUUCGCUGGCAGAGGAGCACAAAAUGGACGAGCAGGAAGCCGAGUGUCGGCUGGUGCGCGGCAUCAUCCGCAUCAGCACCCGGAAGAGCACGAAGAGGAGGCCGCCCGUCUCCAGGAUCGAGAGGACGCUGUCGGACAGCGGGAAUGAGACAAUGAGGGAGAGCGAUUCCUUCUCAUUCAGCAACAAUAAUGACUCCAAAUCAAAUCCAAACAUCCAGAUAUCAGAGCUGACCUCCUCUGACAAGUGCGCCAGGGAGAUGUGGAAAAACAAUGGAAGUCAUACUUCUAGUUCUCCGACAGCCUACUCUCACGCAGAGACUAACUCUUCAGGUGUGUCACUGACUCGCUCCUCAGUGAGAACAUGAUUUCCUGCUCCACGCCGGCUGUCGAUGCUUGAAGUAUUUGUUGUGCGGUGUCGUCAAGGUCACGUCCGAGACGCUGAAACGGGACACUACACUUGCACAGGAGUCUCUGGCUGAGCCAAGCUCUUCGCUGUGGAAAAGGGGAAAAUGUGAAAAUUCACAUUGUCUGAAGGACGUCGGUGAACUCAGGGCUCUGUGUGUAGAUAUUUAUGGUUGAUGAAUGUUAUGUGUAUAUUUGAAGGAUUGCUUGAUUGAGAGCUUGUCCUGCAGGCAGAUAUCACCAGCUCUAAAAUAUUUUUAUCACGAUUAACCGUCCCCUCGUCCUUGAAGGAGUUUCAUGAAACCUGAUUCUCUCUUUGCUGGUCAGAUUAUUGUGCAAAGAACAUUUAAAAUUAGUUCUGUAAAAAUAAUUUUCUUGUAAAGUAAUGAUAAUUUUCUCAAUAUCAUCAUAGAUUUGAUUAUAAACAGUUGUGUGAGUUGUUAUGUAACGCAUAUUUACAGAUAAUAAUACUUGAUUAAUGAUCAGAAAUUAUGAUAAUAAUUUCACAUUUUAUAAACUGAUAGGAGAACAAUAGCAUUGCUCAAAAAGGUUUCAGUAAUGUUAAGGGGAUGAAGUAAGAAUAUUUGGCAGGAAAAAAAAAUGCAGUUUUAUUUUUCAAAAUAGUGUAAAUAUGCUUUUAGUUAGAGUUUUGUAUGUGUGCCUGGUAGCAUGCUAGAAAUAAGAAUGGGUUUUUAUUUUAAAAUGUGACAAAACUAAAUUUCCAAACCCAUCUUCGAACUCUAAACCUGUAAAGUUUCAGGGCUGCAUCUUGCACGGUUGUGACACUGUCGUACUGACGAGAAUACGCUUAUUUGCUUAAUUGCUGUGACUUAGAUGAAAACAUUGAUACCACUCUCACGACUGUAUGCUGAAAAUGACAGCCAUACUCAGCCAGUUAGCUUAGCUUAGCAUUAAGACUGGAAACAGAUGGAAAUCGCUCGCCCGGAUAGAUCCAAAGGUAACAAAAUCUGCCUAGCAACACCUCUUAAACUCACUAAUUAUUAAACAAUUUAUGCUUUUACGGGUGGUUAUCUACUGGACUUUUUACUAUAUUUUUGUACUUAAUAAACUAGUGACAUACAACAUUUUAAUUAGUGAGCGGCAGAGGUGCUGAAAGGUGUUUUUGUUACCUCUGGACAGCUUUUUCCUGUGGUUUCCAAGUCUUUAUGCUAAGCUAAGCUAACCGAAUACUGCUGGUAGCCUCAUAUUUAUGAGUGGUAUCCUCUCGGGAAGAAAAAAUGUAUUUCCCAAAAUGAAAAAUCUUUCUUUUUUCUUAUGCUGAAGAAAGACCUACGGAAAAAGCUAUUGGGUGGAUUUUGAAUUAGGAUUUUUUUUUAAUGUCAAUUUCAUUUCUAUUGUGACUUUUAUGUAGAGAAUGAUUUCACUUUUUAAAGCAGAUUAAUUGUCCGUGUCAUAACAUGAGGUUCAUGUGAAGCAGACAGAUCUUAAGGUUUGAAAGUCAACCAGUUUGUCUGCUGCAUUGUGGGUAAUGUUUUUUGGUCAUCUACUCUUCCGUCUGUAACUCGACUCCCACACUGAAAGAUUGUUGUGAAAGCUGUUGUGAACUGCAGCUGCGCUUCAGGUUGUAUCACGUACUGUAACCUGUUAGCGACGUUAUCCCGGGCUGCCUCGUGAAGCGAACGUCCGUUUUCAUUCCCACAUGUUUGCUCCUGGGUGCAGAUGGGAAUUUGGCCAGAUGACUCAAGUGGAAUUUUUUUCAGCACUGUGGCCUUCUUAUCAGCAUUAGUUUACGGUUACUGUUGGUCAUGGACCUUACUGUAGUGGCUUCAGUUAAUACACAUGGGUAGCUUAUAUACAUAUUCUAAACAUAUUUCCAGAUUACACACUUUUCUCCUUUAGUGCUCUGUUUUAAUUCUGAGUAUAAAGAAUAAACUGCUCUCUCGUCUUGAGGUAAAAUGGUCCCAGAUGCUUUAAAUAACUAAUUUUUAGUGAGUCAGGAAUUUGGCUGCAGCAGCAGUGUCGUUAUAAUGAAAUGGUGUGAAACUGGUUGUUCUGGUUCGGACCAAGAAGCAGCUCUUUAGAAAUGACUAAUUAGAAAUUAUGUAUGUGUCUGUGUCAUAUAAACGUCUAUAACUGUAACUAUCUACAAUGCUUCUUAUUUCACUAAACUUGGUGAAAUAAAACCGUUUUCUGUUCA